AAGGCUAGGCGGUCAUCUCCUCUAAGUCCUUCAGCUGCUGCAGAACAGUGUGGAGCUUCGCUUUUUGAUUUGGAAAAUGGCCAGAUCGACAGGCAAAGAUGCCCAAGCUCUCUUUAGUUCCCUUCGCGCUGCUUAUGCUGCCACUCCUACUAGCCUUAAGAUCAUCGAUCUGUACGUGGGUUUUGCGGUUUUCACUGCUCUGAUUCAGGUAGUUUACAUGGCUAUCGUAGGAUCAUUUCCAUUUAAUUCCUUUCUUUCAGGAGUGCUUUCCUGUAUAGGCACAGCAGUCCUCGCUGUUUGUCUCCGUAUCCAAGUGAACAAAGAAAACAAAGAAUUCAAGGAUUUACCUCCAGAGCGCGCAUUUGCUGAUUUUGUCCUCUGCAACCUGGUGCUUCAUUUGGUGAUCAUGAAUUUCCUUGGUUAAUUUUUAGAAUUUACUUGAUAUGUAAAUAAGACAUAAUUAUAUAGUAGGUUUAGGACACCUUUACAACAAGUUCUUAUUGGUCGUUCUUGCGAAACUUGCCAGAUGAAAUGCUUAUUAAUAUAUAUAUAUAUAUUCCAUCAA